AUGAUAGCUUGCUCUUGGUUACAGUUCAUGAUUCAUGACUGGAUUGAUCAUAUGGAGGACACCCAUCAGAUUGAAAUUGUAGCUCCUGCGGAGGUUGUCGGUCAGUGUCCCUUGAAGUCGUUCAAGUUCUAUCGGAGCAAAGAAAUUUCGACAGGAUCGCUUCAACCUAACACUGGUUUCAUUAAUAGACGGACACCAUGGUGGGAUGGAAGUGUUAUUUAUGGAAAUGACGAAGCGGGUAUGCAAAAGGAGCAUUAUCCAGAAUUUGAUGAUGAGAAGCUCUACCAACAUGCAAGAUUAGUAACCUCAACAAUUAUUGCCAAGAUCCACACCAUUGAUUGGACUGUUGAACUCCUCAAGACUAAUACCCUAUUAGCAGCAAUGAGAAUCAAUUGGUACGGCAUUUUUGGGAAGAAAGUGAAGGAUCUAUUUGGGAAUAUAUUCGGAUCUGAACUAAGUGGAUUGGUGGGUCUUAAAAGGCCACAAGAUCAUGGAGUCCCUUAUUCUUUGACAGAGGAGUUCGUAAGCGUCUACAGAAUGCACACAACAUUGCCUGACAAAAUAUUUCUCCGAGACAUUAAUGAUGUUGUUUCAAAUCACAAAUCAGCUCCACCAAUCCAAGAAGAGGUGAAUAUGAAGGAUAUGAUUGGGAAAGAAGGAGAAAGAAGAUUGUCUAAAAUUGGUUUGGAGAAGAUGUUGGUAUCCAUGGGUCACCAAUCUUGUGGAGCAGUCACAUUAUGGAAUUAUCCAUUGUGGAUGAGAAACCUUGUGGCUCAUGAUAUCAAUGGUGAAGAGAGAACAGAUCUGGUGGACAUGGCUUCCAUAGAAAUCUAUAGAGAUAGAGAAAGGAAGGUUCCUCGAUACAAUGAGUUCAGGAGGAACUUGCUAAUGAUUCCUAUUAGAAAAUGGGAAGAUAUGACUGAUGAUGAAGAGGUUAUUGAAGCGCUCUAUGAAAUAUAUGGAGAUGAUGUUGAGAAGCUUGAUCUACUAGUGGGGAUACAUGCAGAGAAAAAGAUACAAGGUUUUGCCAUUAGUGAGACUGCUUUCUUCAUCUUCGUACUAAUUGCUUCAAGGAGGCUUGAAGCAGAUCGCUUCUUUACCACUAAUUUUAACCCACAAACAUACACUGAGAAAGGACUACAAUGGAUCAAUAAGACUGAGAGCCUGAAAUGCGUUAUUGACAGACAUUUCCCUAAUAUGUCAAAAACUUGGAUAAGAUGCUCGAGUGCAUUUUCUGUGUGGGACUCAGAUCCUAAUCCUCCUAAUUAUGUACCCUUGUAUUGGCGCUUAGCCUGAUCGUAAUAUGUCAACUUCAUCAUGUUUCAUAAACUUUAGUGUAGAAAAAGAUAAUAUGUGUGGGUACAUAGCAAGAUUUUCCUCUUUGUUGAGGCAAUCAGUCUGGACUUUAGACGCCAUGUUUGGUUCAAAUCGAUAUGUUGUAGAAGAUGAAGGGUCUAUAUGGACAAAUUCAGAGAAUAUUUGUAUUGAAUAUUUGAAUGACAUUAUAUAUGGUUUGAA